AUAUAUGGAAAUUUCCCUUCACAGACUCUCCUGAUCAGCUGUUUCCCGUGAAAUUAUUCAAAGCUGAAGCAACCUAUGGCUUUCCUAUACGUUUUUGAAGCUAAUUGACUUAAGGAAACUCGUGGUAGAGUGUCAUGACAAGUUACUAACCGGGAACCACGUUGGAAGCCAUUGCAAGCGACUGACUGUCGACCAAGACAGUAAAAUGUCAGUUGAAAGCUGCUUUAUUUUGAUUCUCUURCUCAAUUCGCAAGYUUUCGAGGUAGUAUGGGGUCAAUAUUGUGAGAAAGACGACUGCGGGUCUAGCAGCAAAGAUAAYAUCAAAUCAUUUGGAAGCCAUCGCCCUCCUGAAGGCACCAUAAAAACGCUAAAGUAUUCCCCCAGUAGCCCAGACUUCUACAAUCGCUUCGUACAUACUCGAACGCCGGUUAUAAUCAAAGGUGCAGCCAAUCACUGGCCAGCAAUGACACGAUGGGUCAACCAAUCAUAUCUAAGAGAGCACUACGGCUCCACCCCUUUUACUGUGGAAUAUCGCAAAAAAUUCAAGGACGAGCAGCCAAUCAGAAAGCCCCAAAGACUUGAUAGUUUUUUAGAUAUCUUUGAAAAGGAGGACGUCUAUUUAGAUUCRGCKUUUCCUCCAAGUGCUAUGCUCCAUGAUGUGAGUCUACCUGAGGUUYUGGGAUGUAAGGAGCUGAGCGGGAGAAUCAAUAGCAUGACUUUGCUGUUCAGUAGCGGAAAUACGACUUCGCCUCUUCAUCAAGAUGGAUAUGAGAACAUUAUAACAUCUAUAUCAGGCACCAAGACGUUUCUAUUGAUCGACCCUGCGUAUUCGCAAGACCUUUACGCAGAUGAACAUUUCCUGUUUCCGGGAAUUUCAAAAUUUGAUGGCGACGCAAUCGAUUUCGCGAAAUUCCCCAAACUCGCAAACGUGCCAUACUAUGAGGUGACGUUACAUCCAGGUGACAUGCUUUACGUACCGCAGUACUGGUGGCACAUCGUUCGCUCACGUAACUCUCCCAACGUAGCAGUGAACGUGUGGUUGGAUGUGUUUAAUUUUCAUGAUGAAUUCGAAAAGGCGGGUCUUGACGAAGACAUAAACAUUGUCAAAGUGAAUUCUUUGUUUGAUUCGUUGGUCAAGAAACAGCCUUCUACUAUACAAUGUGACAAUGAAAACCCACAUCUUGAUAAAAUACUCAAGGUUGAUCCCAAUGAUACCGUGCUCACCCCAUAUUUAAGAAUACCAAAGAAAAAUGAAAGACCACCUGAUGUACUUUUGGCCAGCGGUUAUACUAUGCCAGUGAUGGGACUUGGCACAUAUGCCUUGAAAGACACCCUUUCSUCAGUCAAGACAGCGCUAGAGGUUGGAUACAGACUCAUCGAUACAGCCCAGGGGUACCCCGGCUCAGAAGAACAAAUUGGACAAGCCAUCAAGGAAAGCAAGUUACCGCGCGAUGAAAUUUUCAUCAUGACGAAACUCCAUCCAAAAUAUUUAGGAUAUGAAAGYACUWUAGARGCUGUCGAGAUGUCUUUGAAGGCUUUGCAGACUGAUUAUAUUGACUUGUUUCUUAUACAUGGAAAAAGCUGUGAUGAYUUCUUGCUAACAUGCGAAAAAGGAGAACCAAAGGGCGACUGGAAAGAUAGUUGGAAAGCAAUGGAAGAACUUCACAAAAAAGGCAAAAUUAGGAGUCUGGGCGUUAGCAAUUUUUACAUUGAUGACCUUCAAGAAUUACUGGAAGUUGCUACGAUACCUGUGUCCGCUGUCCAGAAUUGGUUUGAUCCGUUCCAUCAGGACAGAAAGACAAGAGAAUAUUGCGGCAAUCAUACCAUUCGAUAUAUAGGCUAUUCAACAUUAGGAUCGCAGUGGGUUUAUAGCUACGGUCUUAAUAAAAACCCUGUACUCAAGUCAAGUAUUAUCAGCGAAGUUAGCUUCCACUACGAGUAUGUUCCAUCACAGAUUGUUCUACGUUGGGCAAUUCACUUGAAUGUAACUGUAAUCCCACGAUCCAACAAUCCACGAGAAAAUGCGAGAAGAAUACGGGGAGAAUACGAGGAGAUAACGAAGAGAGUACGAGGAAAAUGCGAGAAGAAUACGGGGAGAAUACGAGGAGAUAACGAAGAGAAUAUGGCAUUGUUUUUUGUAGGUGCAUGCCCUGAUUUAGACACAAAGUGUCCUCAACUAGCUAAAGAAGGAAAAUGUCUCACAGAUUCAGCGUGGAUGUUAGAAAACUGUAAAAACAGCUGUAAAAUAUGCUAUGCUCAAGCCGGGUCUGCCCUUCAACCGUUCGUGUUUGUUGGGUCSGAAGACCAGCACAUGUACGCCAUAGGGGUCCUUUAUGGUGAYGUCCAGUGGAAGUUCCCCACAAACGGCAAGAUCCUGUCCACAGUAGCGCCGAGCUACGAUGGUGAGAGCCUAUACUUUGGCUCUAACGACGGUAGCGUCUACGCACUCAAGGCUGCUACUGGRAAACURCWGUGGAGUUUCAAAGCCAACGGAGGUGUCGUCGCAGGACCACGAAUAUCGUUCUCUGGGGUCCUUUAUAUCGGAUCUCAUGAUAACACCCUGUAYGCUCUUGAUACCCUCGCRAAUGGGACCAUUGUGUGGAAAAGGGACUUGGGAGGGCCCAUAUUCAGUAGUGUUUCCAUAGGGGAAGAAWUUGGUACCGUUUAUGUUGGGACYGCUGCGGAUAAUGGMCCCAGGAUAUUUGCUCWUAGYGCCAAAACAGGGGAUCUGCUAUGGGAGUUUUCAAAGUCUGGGAAAAUUAUGUCAUCACCAGCUUUAAGCUCUGAUGGAAAGGUUGUCUACUUCUGUUCUCUGGAUCAUUUUAUCUACGCUUUGGACACGACCACAGGAACCCCGAUAUGGUCACUUGAUACGGGUUCUGAGAUCGAGUCAUCACCUUAUAUAAGUAAAUCAGACGGUACUCUGUACGUAGGACUAGUCAACAACAAACUAUUAGCUAUUAACACUCUUGCUGGUCCAUUACGAGGCACMGUGAAAUGGUCCUUGAACACUGGUGGUGAAGUGGUGUCUUCUCCAAUUCUUACAGAAAAUGGAAAGUUAUUCGUCGGGGUCGGCGAUGGCCGAAUACUUGCUAUCAAUGCCACAACAUCGGACAUAAUCUGGGGACCAGYGACAAAGGACUAUGUUGCUUCAUCGAUUGCUGUUGGAGCYGAUUCAGUGGUCUAUGCAGGAAGCACAGAUUCUACAGUCUAUGCACUGAACGGCAAAGAUGGGAGCAUAGUGUGGACUUUAAAGACAAACGGAUCUAUAAGUUCAUCCUCUCCGGUACUAUUACCGGSUGAAAGAAUGACUCUAGGAUAAACUUUAAUCGGAAAUUUAGGACUGGAUUAAUUAAUUUAGUGUCCCAAAUAGARGGGCCUAUAAUGAACUGAAAUGUUUUAAAGGACCAUGGUCAACCGGCAUUCAGUGCGCUCUUGUCUUAGAUUUUUCAUAAACGAAAAAUGUGACCAUUUCCAUCUGUCGGUUUAAAAGUCAACUUUCACAAUUUAUCUCCAUUCAUAGAGCAGAAAGGUACAAUAAAGAGUAAAUCUUAUCAGGGAUGCUAGUUGACCAUGGCCAGGUAACUUUGACAUCACAUCUUUAUUUUACUUAUCUGAAGUCUAUGUUUUCAAAUGAGAGCUCAUUUGUGUUGACAUCUAUGAAAGAGUGGCUUACAAGGAGAGGACCCUUGUAGGACCUUUAUAGAAAGGUGCCAGGAAAGAGAGGAACUUUAUUAUGAGAGAGAGGACAUUCUGGACCCUUGUAGAAAAGGUGCCUUGUAGUGUAGGGCCCCUUAUUAGAACCCUUGGAAAAACUGAAAACAUGAAAGGAAAAAAGAAGAGAAAAAGUAUUUAUUUUAACUUAUAUAUUUAUAGUAAAAAGUAAGAAGUUAGACAGGCAUAAUUACUAAGAAAUUCAAAUGUUAGAUCAUUUGUAACAUUUCAUUUUCAACUACAUGUAUGGCACACAAAAAGGAAAAGACAAAAUGUAUUUUUAUUGAAACAAAAUAAUAAUACAAAGCUUAUAAUUUUACAGAAUAACAAGAAAGAUAUUAAACCUGUGAGACAAAAGAUAAUCAUGAUAAUAAGAAGACAUAGUACAAUACGUGAGUGAAGCCAAAAAAGCAGUAAAAUAGAUAUUACACUAAUACACCUUGGUAUGCUCUAAUUGCAUUAUUUUCGUUUGUGUCUAUUUGACUAUCACACUUUAAAAGGCAAAUUCUUUCAUGGGUUUAAUGCCUUCACUCUAUCUUAUCAUAGUUGGGAGAUAACACACUAUCCUGGCCAAGGUGGGUUCAGUAAGUUAUUGACUUAACUACUCUAUAAUAUCCUUGAUUUAAUAAUCUAUUAUGUCUUUAAGUUUGAAUAAACAGACAAGUUAUUGAAA